AUUGUUGCGUAUAUUCUAUAGGUUAUUCCAGUAUGGAUGUAGGCUAGCAUGGGGAAGAUUACAACACAAAGAUAAGAAGGAGUUACUACAGACAAUCAAGAAUGUUGAGUCAAUGCUUAGUAUGACCAGGAAAUUAUUGCGAUUUGGAAAGAGUUUGGAUUUUCUUCAAGGAGCUCUAAAGAGUAUCCAUAUAAAAGAUACAGUCCUCAGAUUGACUUUAACUCUGUCAAAGAUCAACCAAGCUUUCUAUCUCCUCUUUGAUCAUAUCCUAUGGUUUAACUCAGUUGGUGCCAUAAAAGUAGACCGAGAGUACUGGGGAAAAAUUUCAGCUAGGUUCUAUUUGGCUACGCUCUUAUUGAACUCUAUUCGUGACUUGUAUGGAAUUUACUGCGUUAUACAGGAAGAGCUUACUGUAAGAAAGAAACUGUCUUCAAGCAGGUACAAGAAUGGCGACACAAAUUAUCAGUCUCUUAAUCGUAGACCUGCGACCAUGUUAGAAAUAACACAACAAAAUAUCCCUCUUGUUCUAGAUACUGUAAAAAAUUUCUUUGACUUACCAAUUCCAUUAUGUACCCUGAAGUACAUGCAGUUAUCGGCAACAAAACAAGGUAUUUUUGGACUUAUAUCCUCAGUUGUAGCUGUGGCAACUGUCUGGAACCCAAAUCUUAAAAUAGUGCCAUCAUAAAAGUCCAAUAACUUCUCAAAUAUAUAACUAUCUGAGAGAUUCCUAUGCUGUCAUUCCAUGUCAUGACCCCCUUA